AAAAGCAAAACCCUAAAUAAAAAAGAUUGAGAGCUAGCCACGUUUUCUUCAGAGAUCAAUGACGAUACCUGAGCUUCCAAAGGAUUUGAUAGAGGAGAUACUCUGUUACGUUCCGGCGACAUAUCUCAAACGAUUACGUUCUACUUGCAAAGAAUGGAACCGUUUAUUCAAAGAUGAUCGGAGAUUCGAAAGAAAGCAUUUUGAUAAAGCCGCAAAGCAGUGUCUACCUCUCAUAUCGACCAAGUACCACAAGGUACCUUGUUUGAUGAGCCUCAAUCUCCAUGGAAUUAUGCCAUCUUUAGAGGUUGAAAGUAAGAUUAGGCGAGUCGAUUCAGAUUCUAAGUAUCCAAUUAGUACUAAAAUGGAAAAUUCUCGAGUCUUUCACUGUGGCGGCUUGUUGUUAUGCUCCUCCCAAGACGACGAAUCUGCAAUCUUGGUUUGGAACCCGUUAACUGGUGAAAACAGGUGGAUCAAAACCGGGAAUCGUCGCGAUAAAGGACGCACCUUUGUUCUUGGAUACUACUACCAAGAAGACAAAAAACCCUGCUACAAAAUCUUGAGCUUUUAUAGUGACAGCAAUGAUUUCGAAAUCUUCGAGUUUAACUCUGAUUCAUGGAGGUUUAUUGAUGAUAUCUGUCCAGGCUGGUCCUUGCCAAACCCUUGUCAAUGCGUAUCUUUGAAGGGAAAAACAUACAUGUUUGCUUUAGAUGAAACAAAAACGUGUGUAUCCUUGCUCAAAUAUGAUUAUUCAACAGAGAAAUCUAUACUUGUGCCUCUUCCAUACAAGAGUCGUUGUUUUGAAGAGACUAGUCUUUCCGUUGUUAGAGAAGAGAAACUUUCAGUGUUAUUACAGAGAGAUAAAAGUUGCAAGACUGAGAUAUGGGUGACAAAUGAGACCACCACCAAAGCGAUGGUGGUGUCGUGGAGCAAGGUCUUGGCAUUGGAUUUGAGCCCUCUUCUUGAAAUUUGGUAUGAUGGAAGUUUCUUUCUUGAGGAGGAGAAGAAAGUCAUCAUGAUUUCUAAUAGAUGGAUAGAAGAAGACAAAUCCGAAGACAAUCUAUACAUUGUUGGGGAGGACGCUAAUAAAGCCACACAAGUAUAUACAAUCGAUGGAUGUGGAUCAGCUGUUUAUAAUUAUGUUCCAAGUUUGGUUCAAAUCGAGCGAGCUCGAGGCAAGAGGAAAAGAGUUGACUCAUGAAUAAGCUCUUUAGUCUUUACAUGUAAUCUCCAUUUAUUUUUUUGCUAUUUUUCUUUCAAAAUUCAAACUUUUCUAAUUCAAUGACAAGUGAUUAACAUAGGCAAUGUACAAAACAAAGACUAACUACAAUGCCUUGACAAGUAAGCUUUCUAUAUCCGAUUCAUAAUCGUCUUGUUUUUGCAUAACGAUCGAGGU